AUGCGUGCCUCCUUGGCUAAAGUGUUGGCAUAUGCUACAACUGUUUCUGCCCAUGGAUAUCUCUCCUCCCCAAUGAGCCGUACUGGACUCAAUGCCCAGGACCUCGACAGAAACCUCUCUAACAGUAAAUGUUCCCAGGCCGGCGCAGAUACCUGCCCAGAAUGCACAAUCCUUGAACCCGUCCCGGCCUGGCCCGAUCUCGACGCAGCCGCUGUAGGUCGUUCAGGACCUUGUGGCUUCAAUGCGCGAGUUUCUGUGGACUACAACCAACCCGGUCCGCGUUGGGGAUCUCAGCCCGUCAUCACUUACAAGGGGGGCGAAACCGUCGAUGUACAGUGGUGUGUUGACAACAAUGGUGAUCACGGAGGCAUGUUCAGUUACCGCAUCUGCCAAGAUCAAUCCAUCGUUGACAAACUCAUCACUCCGGGUUACUUGCCUACAGAGGCCGAAAAAGCAGCAGCUGAAGAUUGUUUCAACAAAGGCUUGUUGAAGUGCACAGAUGUCGCUGGACAGAGCUGCGGCUUCAAUCCUGAUUGUCGGCAAGGCCAGCCAUGCUGGAGGAAUGACUGGUUUACAUGCAAGGGUUUCCAGGACGGCCCCCGAUGCAAGGGCGUCGACAACGCUCCUAUCAAUUCCUGCUACACCUCCAUCGCAGGCGGCUACACCGUUUCUUCCAAGAUCAAAAUCCCAAAUUACGUUUCCAACCACACCCUUCUCUCUCUGAAGUGGAACGCCUUCGAAACACCACAGAUUUAUUCUACCUGUGCUGACAUCAAAAUUACCGGCCCUGGAUCUGGCACCGCACCAAACCCACCUCCAGCAUCGAGCAGACCCACCUCUGCCGUGGCCACAGCAACCACAGCAACCUCCACUGCCGCAGCAACUGGUUGCGCGACACCUGUGGCCAGCGUCGCCGUGACCUUUAACUCGAGAACGACUACUUCUGUGGGACAGAAUGUGAAGAUUGCCGGAUCGAUUUCCCAGCUGGGAAGCUGGAACACUGGGAAUGCGUUUGCUUUGUCUGCGUCGCAGUACACCUCUGCUAACCCGCUUUGGACUGGUACUGUCAACCUGCCUGCCGGCACGAGCUUCGAGUACAAGGUCAUCAGGGUGGAAAGCGGUGGUGCUGUUACUUAUCAGUCGGGUGCCAAUAGGCAGUACACUGUACCCAGAGGAUGUGCAGGAACGGCGACGGUACAGGCAGCAUGGACUUAG